AGUCCGAUCAACUAGUAAUUGACCUUUGAGGGCGAAUUUAAGUCGGGCCGAAUGGAGGGCUUCGGGACGUUCAUUGGAUCUGAUGGAGACACCUACGGAGGAACCUGGAGCGCCGACGGGAAACACGGGUACGGGCAGAAGCGCUACGCAAAUGGAGAUUGCUAUGAAGGAUGCCGGAAGAAGUAUCUGCAAGACGGGCGGGGUACGUCUGUUUGUAGCAAUGGAAAUGUGUACGAUGGACAGUGGAAGAACGGUGUGAUUUCGGGUCGUGGCGCGCUGAUUUGGGCCGACGGGAAACGCCAAGAGAACCAAUGGGAAAAUUGGGUUCCAAAGGGGGAAGCGUUCUGGUACCUAAUUAGAUCUUCUGAACUGGAGCGAUUAGCUAUGGAUUAUAUGGACUCGUUCUUGGACCUAAUUAGAGAUUUUGCACCUCAGGAUGAUCGGGGAGAGGAGACCGGGGUAAGGAUCGGGGAGACUCCAGUGUCAUCUGAAUCCUGUUCCUUUCAUUCUGCAAAUGAUGAUUUUUCCAGUACCACAGCCGAGGCUACGUCCAACAUUUCUCCCAAUGGCAGGUUCGAAAGGAAUAUUACUUGUUGGGAGAAAGGUAAGCUCCUGGGCUGUGGGUACUUUGGAUCCGUGUACGAAGGGAUCUCUGGUGAUGGAUUCCUUUUUGCCUCAAAAGAAGUUUCAUUGCUUGAUCAAGCAAGUCGAGGAAGGCAGAGUAUUUUGCAACUUGAGCAGGAGAUUCUUCUAUUAAGUCAGUUUGAACAUAAAAACAUUGUUCAGUAUUAUGGCACUAAGAAGGAUGAAUCAAAUUUCUAUAUCUUCCUUGAGCUAGUGCCAAAAGGCUCCCUAUUAGAUCUCUAUAAAACAUAUAAUCUUAAAGAUUCUCAAGUCUCUUCCUAUACAAGACAGAUUCUGCACGGACUGAAGUAUCUUCAUGACAGAAAUGUGGUUCACAGGGAUAUUAAAUGCGCAAAUAUAUUGGUGGAGGCAAGUGGAUCUGUGAAACUUGCAGAUUUUGGAUUGGCAAAGGUCACUAGAUUGAAUGAUGUCAAAUCUUGCAAAGGCACUGCAUUUUGGAUGGCCCCUGAGAUGCAGGCAUUGUAUAAAAUUGGGAAGGGUGAACCACCACCUGUUCCUGACUCUUUGUCAAAAGAUGCACGAGAUUUUAUCCUGCAAUGCCUACAAGUCAAUCCAAAUAAUCGCCCAACAGCUGCGCAGCUCUUAGACCAUACAUUUGUGAGGAGGUCACCUUCUACAUCCUUAGGCUCAGCUUCUCCUUAUCAUGGCAGAUGGAAUUGAGGGCUUCUUUCUGUAAAAAAAUUGGCUGGAAAUGUAACAGAUGCAUUUGUGGUUGUAAUGAGCUAUGUGUUUGAUGAAGAAAGGAAAACAAAACUGUCUUGUUGCAUUGUCUAGAUAGACCUUUUCUUCUGCAGCUUCAACUUUCAAGAGCGGCUGCACAUUGGUAUUUGAUUAAAUCUACCUUAAUUUAAGGUUGCUAAGGACAGGAUGAGGAUGCAUAUGUUGGUGCAGAAUUCUGCACCAGAUUGCUAAAUGCUCUCAAUUUGGUUGUUUUUAUAUAAUGCCAGUUUGCUAGUGUUACACUUUCUUUUCUCUUUUUUGGGUUAUCAGAGAAGAAAAGAACUAGAAUUAC